AUGGGUAUGGAAUUUGUCUUUAUAAAUGUUAAGGAGCCGAAGGAUGCUCUUCAGCUCGCGAAGGAGCCCGAAAUCCGAUCUCACGUGGCUCGGUACCAGUGGAAGCAAGUCGAGAAUCGCCCGUCUCUCAAGCGAAAGAGAAAUACGGUGGUAUCAGUCUGCAUGAGCAUAGACUGUUGCUCAACCUGGCAAUCACGAAGCGAUUAUAAGGACGACUCUCCUGACAGUACGUCCUCCACCUCCACCGUCUCUAUUCCUCUGCAGUUGGGGGGACUGCGAGACGACCCUUUUCGGUCCUAUCCGGUCGGGUUCAAGUCGUUCAUGCCGGUAUUCGUGGAUCACUACCUGGUGCAUAUGGCCGUGGACAUCCCGGAGCUCGAUCAACCCGGGAACAAGGGCCUUCUGAGAACCAGCUGGUUCCCUUUGGUGAUGAGCGAGCCCUCCCUGUUCCUGGUCAUCAUGCUGCUCGCAGCAUCCCAUUAUGCAUCUGUGAGCGAGCAUGCCGCAGAUAUGAAAGUAGACCUCCUCACCCUUCGUUGUGAAGCCAUCCAAGCGAUCAACGAUGCCUUGAAGUAUCAACCACCGGACCGGGUCAGUGACGCACUGGUAGGCGCGAUAGCGAAGAUGGGAAGUUAUGAAGCGAUGUACGGGAACAUGGCGAGUUAUAGCGUGCACAUGAGAGGACUGACCCGGGCGGUCGGGUUACGAGGCGGUCUAUCCGCGCUUGGUCUGAACGGAUUACUCCGACGGAUCGUGGUCUGGAUCGACCGCAAUGCUGCCUUCCUGCAUGGAUCGGCGCUCUAUUACCCUGGCGCGACCUUUGUGCCGGGUCAAGCUCUCCCUGAGCCCAAUCCUGGUCAUUUUCUUGCAUCUUCGUGA